AUGUUUGCAAUUUCUCUAUUUAUGGCACCAAGAUAUUAUGUCCCUCCCUCCGUUCUUAGUUUGGAAGUUGUUGGAAUUAGCUAUGUGUUUAUGCAACUUUUUCCUCAAAAUGCUAUGAAGGCACUGAUGGAUUUCUAUUUUUUCAUAGGCAUGAAGGCACUGUUUGGGAUGACUUGGCUCAUGGUUAAGGUGUUUAUGUCGCUGAGCGAGGGCCGGUAUGGAGGAGAAUGGUUUCAAAAUAACAUGGAAGGUCAUGGGGUUGUUAAAGUGGAAAUUCCCAACAUAGAACCUGUGCCUGGUUCCAACUACUCAAGGAGAUCUUGGCAAAGCAAGCUGAAUUGGGUUGUGAAGUUGCAAAAAUACCAUCUUGCUAUUUAUCAGAUUCUGAGCAACAAGCAGAUGGAAGAGGAGAAAAUACAAGAGUAUUCAAUAAGAGGAAAAGGCUUCAGCCCUGUUUUAAUGAACGGGGAAGAUUCCUUCAAAACUUCUGAGAGGCAAAGGCCGUAA